AUGGCUUUUGAAGGUGGUCGUGGUGGUAAUCGUGGUGGUCGUGGUGGUUUUGGCGGCCGUGGCGGAGGCCGUGGUGGUUUCGGUGGUGAUCGUGGUGGUCGUGGUGGUCGUGGUGGAGGCCGUGGUGGUUUCGGUGGUGAUCGUGGCCGUGCACGUGGUGGUCGUGGAGCAUCUAGAGGUGGCCGUGGCGGACCUAGAGGCGGUGCUAGAGGUGGCCGUGGCGGUGCUAGAGGAGGAGCUAAAGGAGGUGCCAAGGUCAUUAUCGAACCUCACAGACAUGCCGGUAUCUUUGUUGCCCGUGGUAAGGAAGAUCUUUUGGUGACUAAGAACUUGGUCCCUGGUGAAGCUGUCUAUGGUGAAAAGCGUAUCUCUGUAGAUGGUCCUGAAGGUACCAAGAUUGAAUAUCGUGUCUGGAAUCCCUUCAGAUCCAAGUUGGCUGCUGCCGUUUUGGGUGGUGUUGAUCAUAUUCAUAUUGCUCCCGGUAAAAAGGUCCUCUAUCUUGGUGCUGCCUCUGGUACAUCUGUUUCUCAUGUUGCUGAUGUUGUUGGUCCUGAAGGUGCCGUUUAUGCUGUCGAAUUCUCUCACCGUCCCGGUCGUGACUUGAUUAACAUGGCUAAGAAGCGUACUAACGUUGUUCCUAUCAUUGAAGAUGCUCGUCACCCUCAAAAAUACCGUAUGUUGGUUCCCAUGGUAGAUGUUAUCUUUGCUGACGUUGCUCAACCUGAUCAAGCUCGUAUUAUUGCUUUAAAUGCACACCAUUUCCUUAAGAAUGAAGGUCACAUUGUUAUUUCUAUCAAGGCUUCUUGUAUUGAUUCAACUGUUGAUGCUGCUACCGUCUUUGCUCGUGAAGUUAAGAAACUUCAAGAAGAGAGAAUUAAACCUCAAGAACAACUUACUCUUGAACCUUACGAAAGAGACCACGCUGUUGUUGUAGGAAAAUACGUUCGUCACAAGUAA